AGUUGAAACAGGAACAGCCCUUUCUGGGUUUAUUUCUGAGUUGUGUCUUGGACCCAGUUUUGAUAAAACAAAUGCUCGACCUGUGGCACUGACUUCCUAUUUCUGCGACUGUCAUCUCACAACCUCGUGGGCCUGGAUCUCAGAGAUUAAACUAAAUCUAUUUUUAUUAGCCACCUGGACCUGACUGCGCGGCAAUGUUCCCCCCCACAUGGAGAUGUACAGGAUAGAGCCAGCAUAUGCUUUACAACUAGCUAAGCGGGAGACGAGCUGACCGGUGUGAUGAAGGAUCGACUGGCUGAACUGACCGCUGCCGCUCCACAAACAGAAGAGGAUGUUGCAGUUACAGUUAACCAAGAUGGAUUCAUGGAUAGCUUUUUCAGAAGGGUGGAAGAAGUCAGAGGAGUCAUCGAUAAGAUCUCAAUACAAGUGGAAGAAGUGAGGAAGAUCCACAGCAUGAUCCUGUCGGCACCCAACACAGAUGACAGAACAAAGGAUCAGCUGGCUGCACUCACCAAUGAUAUCAAAGGGAAUGCCAAUGUGGUGCGAACCAAACUAAAAUCCAUUGAGCUGAGCAUGCCCAAAGACGAUGCUGCUAACAGGGCCUCCGUAGACUUCAGGAUCCAGAAAACACAGCACACUGUGCUCUCCAGGAAGUUUGUGGAGGUCAUGACCCAGUACAACGAGACUCAAGUGUCCUUUAGGGAAAGAAGCAAAGGAAGAAUCCAGAGACAGCUGGAGAUAACUGGAAGAGCGACCACCAAUGAAGAACUAGAAGACAUGUUAGAAAGUGGAAAUCCAUCCAUCUUCACCUCUGAUAUCAUUUCUGAUUCCCAAAUCACACGGCAAGCCGUGAACGAGAUAGAGUCACGACACCAGGACAUCAUGCGCUUGGAGACGAGCAUCAGGGAGCUCCAUGCGAUGUUCAUGGACAUGGCAAUGCUGGUAGAAACUCAGGGGGAUAUGGUUAACAACAUCGAGAAGAACGUCUCUAAUGCAGCUGAAUACAUUUGUCGCGCAAAGGAAGAGACCAAAAAAGCAGUCAGGUACCAGAAGAAAUCCCGGAGGAAGCUUCUCUACCUUGCCAUGUGUGGAGGUUUCAUACUUUUACUCAUCAUAAUAGUCGGAGUCUUUGAGUAAUGAAUUUCAUCGUGUGCAGUUCCACAGCAGUCAGAAGUGAUGAAACUUUUACAAGCUUCAUAAUAGGACUGUCAGCCUCUAUCCAGCAGAGGUGCAGGACAGAUGUCUUGAGCAGAAUUAUUUCCCCAUUAUUGUUUUUGUUUUGUUUUUUUUUUAAACAAUGACUCCUGAUAACAGGGCAACCGACAGCUGAUGUUUGGAAAUGAUACAUUUUUACGGUAAAAGAAAGUUUUAAUGUUUAUAUCACUUCACUACAUAUGAAAAGAGCAGAUCUGGCAUAUUUACAUGAUGGACACAAGUGUCGGUGUUAAUUAAUACCUUUUCUUAAUUAAAAGAAAAAAUAAUCAAAGCCUAAACCUUAGCAGCAGACGUGUAUAUAGAUAUAGAUCUGUUUGUCUCAUCUUCCCAGUACCCCUGCUAGUCUUGAAUGUUUUUUAUUUUAUUUUAAUUUUUCGCUUUUUUAGCAAUUUAAUCACUCACUAAAGACAACAUCUUAAAGUAUUAAUUGUUACUGUUUUAUGGCAGUUAGGGCGUGUCUGUCCAAUUAGAAGCAUGAAUUCCUUCUCGUGGUCAGCAGAGUCCAGUGCAACAGAUUUUGGUGGGGAAAAUAUUCCUCGGCUCCUUAAUACUUUCCUUUGGAGUUUCCUCAGUCGCCAGUUUCAUGCCUUAGUGAAAACAUGGUGCUUAUAUUUGAUGAUAAAGAGACAAAAUAUAUUUUAGCCAGCAGUACCUACACAACCCCAAUUUAAAAUUUAAGUUGGGAUAAAAUGUAAAAAUAAAAGCAGAAUGUAAUGAUUCAUAAAAGCAAAUCCUCAUAUUUCAUUCACUAUAGAACACAGAAAACAUAUCAAAUGUUUAAGCUGAAAAGAUUUAUGAAAGAAUAAAGCAUUAUUUAUUCUGAAAUUGUUCCAUAUUUGGUCUUGCAAAUUGGUGAGCCUGAAAUUACUCUGAAAUUUGUUCCUAUUUUUGAUGAGUUUUAAGGAUGAAGGCUGAAUUCAAUAAAACUGGAAUAGAGGUGGGCAUACUUGUCAUGACAGAAGUAGGUUGUAAGAUUGUGGGAUGUACCACUUCAAGGAUAUCUGCUAUUCUACCUUCAAAACACAGCUCAUCUAGCUACUGGUCAGCUCCAGUCUGUGUGUACUUUACUGUGCCAGAAUAGCCUUUAGUUUUGAUUGUUUGUUAUAUGCAUGUAACUAAUCGGAUGUGAUUGGGACAUUGCUCAAGAUCACAGAGUAGUGGUCCAGCAGUAGUCUGUUUUGUGUGGCUCUAAAGUUUCACACCAAGGUUUACAUUUUCACUGCAAAUACUGUAAAUAUCAAUUCCAAAUAUCAGUUCUUUCUCUCUUCUUAACUGUAAAACAUCAUAAUUGCUAUCAGCCCUGAACAAAGACGCAACAGUCAACACACAGAACCAGCUACAAUAGACACAACAACAUCGGCCCCUGUGUUAUGCUGAAGUAGAGCACGUCUGUUCAAUACAGCAGAUUACUGUUGUUCUAUAUUGCUGUUAAAUAGAUUUUUUUGUGCUAAAGAAACAGUUUGACAUUUUGGGAAAUGAUUUGGGUGCUUGUUGAGGGUUCGAUUAAAGGAUUAAGUAUAACUUGCAUGUUUAAAGUAAUAAACAUGCCACAGACACUUUUUCUUUUACCCAGGCUAGGAUAGCUGCUGGCUGCUGCUUCACAUUAAACACAGACAUGAGAGCAUAUCAUUCUUUUAACAUAAUUUAAUAAAACUACAACAACUGCCCAGACAGUGGCGCACUGGUUAGCACUGUUGCCUUGCAGAAAGAAGGUCCUGGGUUCAGGUCUACCAGCUAGCUGGGGUCUUUCUGUGUGGAGUUCACAUGUUAUCUCUAGGUACUCCCACAGACACACGUGGGGUUUGUUUAACUGACUGUAGAUGAAUGGUUGUCUCUCUCCAAGUGCUAGUUGGGCACCCUGUCCCAGCUGUGUACCCUAAAUUGGGUAAGCUGAUGCAUGUCACAAUUUUAUCAAACUGCUGCUUUAGUGUCAAAACAUGUGACCAGCUCACUUCUCUGUACACUGACGGCAUACUUUGUGUUUACAUGUUCAAGUACAUGCUUUAUCCUUUUCACCUGUUGUGUAUAUAUAAUGUUAUUUCUGUGACGUGAAUGUUAAACUACUACAGCUCAGGAGACCUUUAGGAAUUUCAUGUAGUCACAUAGAAUCCACUGUUAUACUGUAAAUGUGCCUUCUUGACAUUUUAAUAUGAAACCUUAACUUAACCUUAAGUGCAUUUGUCACAGCCACUGAGUGUGAUGACUGAAAUACUGCUGUGAAAAGAGUCAUGCAGUAAUGUAAGACUCUUGGAAGAAUAUUUCAAGAACACACAUUUUUAUUUUGAUCCUUUUUUGUUUUUCGCUUGAUUUUUGUAUUUUAUACUGAAAAGACAGAU